CUGCACGUGACAUCUCUGUACAAAGUCCUUCCGGUCUCUCUGCGGCUCUCAGAAAGGAAAAUGGCGGCUCUCGGACGCUUGUCUCAAUUGUUGCUCAGGUCUUCUUUGACCCAGUCCCGGCGUCAGCUUUCAGCUGCUGCCGGACACGGCGAGGACGCAGCCAGAACAUGGAAGAUCCUUACUUUCGUGGUUGCUCUACCAGGUGUUGCGGUGUGCAUGUUGAACAUGUACCUGAAGGAACAGCAACACCAUGGUCAUGAACAGCCAGAGUUUGUCCCCUACUCACACCUUCGCAUUCGCAGCAAGCGUUUUCCUUGGGGAGAUGGCAACAAAUCCCUUUUCCACAACCCCCAUGUGAAUGCCCUUCCUGACGGCUAUGAGGGUCACGAUGAGUAGUCCCUCCCUCCAGACCACAUAACUGGCACAGGGACCAGUCCUCCAUCAGCGUUUGUUACUGGACCACACUUCCAUUUACAGUUUACAUUUAAUUUUUGUUGUAUUUACCUCUGUGCUCUCAACACGGAGCACCCGAACCAACAGUUACUCUGGACCAUUAAACAAAAUGUCAGACUGAGACUAAAUUAACAUAAAUAAAGUAACUAUUAUUACCUCAA